AUGGCCAUGAAUCAAAUAAAAGGCCACAAUAUCUAUGUCGGAGGCAUAUUAAGCGUCAAAAACAAAGCAGCAUUGGCACGUGCAGAUAUCUCGCAUGUCCUCUCGGUGCUGCGCCUCAACCCAGCUGAGGAACAAGAGAAGUUCUCGUCUUAUCAGCAUCUUUCCAUAGGAGUUGACGAUGUCGACGAUGAAAAUUUAUUGGAGCAUUUCCCCGCCGCUAUCAAGUUUAUUCAGUCCGGCCUAAACGGUGGUGGAGGUGUACUCGUGCAUUGUGCGAUGGGGAAGUCCCGCUCCGCGGCCAUUUGCAUCGCCUACCUGCUCCACCGACAACCAGGGGCGGUCACACCGCAAUCUGCCCUUGCGCUGAUUCGCGAAAGCAGGCCCCUAUGUGAGCCAAACGAUGGUUUCAUGGAGCAACUGAAUCUAUACCAUGAGAUGGGCUGCCCAGAUGAUGUCACCGACCACCCGUUGUACAAGCGCUGGCUUUAUCGCCGCGAUGUCGAGGGAAGUGUGGCGUGUGGCCGUGCCCCAGAGCCGAAAUCGGUGCGGUUUGAAGACGAACAGCCGGUUCGGUCCCAAGACUCCACCGGUCGAACAGUCGAGAUUAAGUGCCGGAAAUGCAGAACCAAACUGGCAACGACUCCAUUCAUCCUCCCGCAUGAAGAAGAAAAGAAAAAUACCGCCAAGUCUUCAGCAACCGCCGAUUGCGGUCAUGUUUUCCUCCACCCUCUGACCUGGAUGCGCCCAAGUCUCUUCCCAUCCGAGGACGGAGCUGAGGCUAACGCGGAUACAACAUAUGGUGCGCACCCCGACGAUGCCCCUCUGUCUGGGCGCCUCACUUGCCCCAAUCCUAUCUGCGGGUCUAAUGUGGGCAAAUUUGCAUGGCAAGGUCUUCGAUGCAGCUGUGGUGGCUGGGUCAUACCCGCCAUUGGUCUCACCAAAGCCCGCGUUGAUAUCGCCCAAGUCAACUUGGCCCAGGGGCCAAGAGUUAACCCAGCCAUCCGGCUUCCUCCGGGAAUGCGGGCCCCGGCAGCUAACGACACUGGGCGUGGCAAUCUUUAA